CAAACAUGGAACGUGAAGCAGCGGGACAAACUGUUACACACAACAGUUUCUGACUACUGACUGCAGUCCUGAGGAAUUGAUUGUUUAAUGAAGCAGCUGCCCCACCAGUUUACAAGCUUCUGAUGGGGGAAUAGUAGGGUCUGUAUAUUCCUCUCAGAGAGGAAAGAAGUCGAGCUGCGUUUGGGGUUAGACAUCGAGAGCUCAUCAUGGACUGGCUGGCCUCAACUUUGGAGAGGGACCUAGGAAUCGACCGCCGACAGAUCGGACCCAGCUCACGGCCUCAUGAACUGGUGGCCCUUGUGUCAACCCGCUGGGUUAUAGGACUGAGAGAAAGAAGAGUCACUCGCUGUGCUCGGUACGAUUGUACCAGUGAUGGCGAUAUCCGCACUCUCCUCCAGCGCUCUCAGGUAAAAUUGCCACCGGGAUGGACUCGGGUUUGCAUCCAAGGCUUGAGGAAAAGCAAGUUGGGGUACAAACUUGCCAAGGAGCCAGGCUGCCAAAGGCAGGGUUUCACACAAGACGCUUUCAUGGGCCAGAUGCAGGAAGUGGCAAAGUGCAACGUCAGGAAUUUGUGGCAUGAAGCAUAUUUGAACCAUGUGCAACCAUACGCAGGAGCUACAGGCCAAAAGCAGGUAUUGGCCGUUGAUGAAGUUCGCCAAGCAUUGCAGAAACUGUUUGGCUGUGCAUUUAUCUCCACCGACCGGUUGUCACCAUCCCUCUCUCCAGCCAGAGAGAAAGAGAAAGAGUGUCCAUUGACUCUAAGCUCUACAGUUUCAAAGCAAAGUAGCAAUUCGUGUCCAAAUGUGGUCCCAGCUGAAGCCUUGCUUGAGUCAGGGGAGGUGUUGUACAUCAUUCUUUCAUACACACAAUACUCCCUUCAUGACAUUGUCACUUACAGUCCAGCCAAGCUUGCUAACAGCAAUGCUAAAGUGCUGUUUAUUUUGUAUCAAGUGCUCAUAGCAAUGCGUGAAUGCCAUGCAUCGGGACUCUCAUGCGGAGAGCUUUCCUUGCAGGACAUAACCGUCGACGAACGGCUUUGCAGUCGACUAAGGAUCUCUCUAGCACACUAUGAAGAAUUAGAUUCAACAGUGAUGGAAAUACCCAGAAAUGCAAAAGAUACUUCAAAUCUAAAAAGCCAGCUCAAAGAACAGCACUGUCAGGAUUGCCGGGAUCAUCUCAAAUCUCUGGUACUAAAAUGGGUUCAUGGUCGAGUCAGCAAUUUUGAUUAUUUAAUGGAACUAAACCGAUUAGCUGGACGACGCGAGGGCGACCCUAACUAUCACCCAGUUCUACCGUGGGUAGUAGAUUUUACCGUGCCAUAUGGAAGAUUCCGAGAUCUCAGGAGGUCAAAAUUUCGCCUGAAUAAAGGUGACAAGCAGUUGGAUUUUACUUAUGAAAUGACAAAAGAAGCCCUCGCGGCAGCACUGAAUGCGGGAGGUGGAAGCGUUUUCACUUCUGACCAUGGUGCAUCUAUUGGUCCAAGUGGUCCAGGAACGUCAGAUCAUCUCCAUGUACCACAUCAUAUUUCAGACGUUCUAUCAGACAUCACCUACUAUGUCUACAAAGCUAGACAAACACCAAAAUCUGUACUUUGUAGCCACGUCCGUUCCCAGUGGGAGCCCAACGAAUACCCAUCCAGCAUGGAACGUAUACAGAGCUGGACUCCAGAUGAAUGCAUACCAGAAUUCUACACAGAUCCAUCCAUAUUUAGGUCCAUUCAUGCAGACAUGUCAGACCUUGAAGUACCAUCAUGGUGCAGCUCCAUUGAGGAAUUUAUUGCUGUGCAUAGACAACUUUUAGAUAGUCGCGAAGUGUCCCAGCAACUGCACAACUGGAUCGAUCUUACUUUUGGCUACAAACUGUCUGGGAAAGAAUCUGUGAAGGCGAAAAAUGUUUGCCUGCACUUGGUGGAUAACCACACCCAUCUAACCAGCUAUGGAGUGGUUCAACUGUUUGAGCAACCUCACCCGCCAUGCCUUGCACCUUAUCAGUAUUCACCAGCAGAACCUCCCCAUCUUGGUCCCAUCAGUGUGUCAGCUUGGCAAAUUCCUCUCCUCGAGGCAACGGUGGACAUCGAUGGAAUGGUUCCAGAGGCAACAGGAUGUGAAUCUAGUGCUUGGACAAUGGUUGACCGGGAUGAAGAGCUCGAGCAAGGAACAGAGGCUCUGGAUUCCUUGAGUACUUCAGGCCCUGUCAGCUCUAAUAUACAAGGGCCUGGUGCAAUACCUACAGGAGGAAAGACAGUUGGAGAGCAUACAAGUUUGGCAUCUCCUUCUCAUGGUUCUUUUCCUGGAGAAUCGUCAAGCAGCACAACAAACGCUCUGGGAUUCGGUAUUAGGAGUGCAAUUCUUCAGAGAGGGGCAUCCACAGUUAAAAAGCAGGAGGCUAACUCUGAUUUUAAAAUAAGCCUACCAGAGGGAUUCAAACCUUUGCAGCCCCUAGAAGAGUUAGAAAAGCUCAAUAACUUCCUAGUUAAAGGGUUACAUGUGGAAAUUCAGAAUGCAGUAGGUUCAGUUCGAGAAGAAUCAAGAACAUUAUCAAAAGCACCUUUGUCCAUUACGGAUCUCUUUCAUAGAGACAUGCAAGCUUUAGGUGUUUUCAUUGCAGAAAUAUUAUAUUCCUCAAAACUGCGAUGUCAUGAGCCAGACACACCUUUGAGUGGCCGUUAUGAUGCAGUAAUAAAGCUUUGCUCUGCAAGUCUUAGGGAUGUCCCAUUGCCACUUCAUCAUGUUGUUGAAAGCCUUUUGCAAAUUCAGAAGCACAAAUCUAAGACGGAAUCACUAAAGUCUGACUCCCCCUACCAACUACUGCUUUUCAAAUAUGACCCGAUUUAUGAGGGUCUUCCUCCUCCAAACCCCUGGCAGCUGUUGAGUCCUGUUCUCUCACCAUUACCUUUUCCUGAAUAUUUCCCAGCACUGCAUCGGUUCAUUUUCUCAUACCACUACAAGAUCGAGUCUAUCAACAGCAUUCAGGGUCGGGAUAUUGUGUUCAACUUGUGGCAGCAAUUGCAAUCUCUUUUACAAGGCGAUAUUACUGCUGAGGGACUGGAGAUCCUCCUACCGUUUGUGCUGGCUUUGAUGACCGAGGAAUCUACCGCCGUUUAUGCUGCCUGGUACUUAUUUGAGCCUGUCUCCAGUGUCCUUGGGCCUCGCAACGCCUCAAAAUAUUUAAUAAAACCCCUUGUAGGUGUAUACGAAAACCCCCGCUGCCUUCGUGGACGUUUCUACCUCUACACAGACUGUUUUGUGCUACAGCUCAUCAUGCGACUUGGCUUACAGGCUUUUCUUUCCAGCCUUCUACCUCACGUGCUGCAGGUCAUCAUCGGUUUCGAGAGCUGUCAGACAGGUACAGGCAACGAAUGGGACGGUCUUAAAGUAUUACGGGGUGCCAUGGGUGGCUUGGGGGAUGAAGAGGAAGACUUUGAUUGCGGGGAUGACAGGGCAUCAUCGGCUGCGUCAGGUGGCAAAGUGGGAGGAAGCAGUGCAGGCGGUAGUGGAGGUGUCGGGGUUGGAGACCCAGGACUUGUGGAUUAUUCUUCAGGCAUCAGUCUUAAUGACCAGGUCUUUAUGGCUGACGGGGAGGAUUUCCAGAAUGGCUUUUAUGUCAAUAAUGGCUCAUCUGGACCAACUGCUGGUGUUUCCUCCAAGCAGCAAAGCCAGAACUCGGCACAUAAAGACCAGGACCAGGAAUCUUUAAGUGUGGGAAAACUAAGUGACAAGAGUAGUGCCAGUGAGGUGUCCAUUGGAGAUGGAGACUCUAGCAAAGACCGUGCAAGUUUAAAGUCUGCUGACAGCAGUCAGGACCUAAAGCAGACCAGUGAUGGAGAAGAUGGAGUAGAGUUGGAUGAUGAAGAAGCAACAGUGGAGGACAAAGAAGGCCCAGUACAGAAGGUCCCCAGUCCUGAACUGACUUUUUCUGGGUGCACAGAGGAGUCUGAAGCCACAGUGGGUACUCUAGAGGGUGACUUCAUGAAUGGAAUGGUGCAGGAAGAAUGCGAGAAAAACAUUGCCGUCGAGGAUGAUGAGCAUGACCCUUCAGAGGACUCUGAGGAGAAGGAACACAAGAUUUUAUUGGAUACUGUUUGCAAGACCGUGAGAUGGCUGUCUGCUAAACUGGGACCCACUGUGACCUCUCGAUAUGUUGCUCGGAAUUUGCUGCGUCUACUCACAACCUGCUACAUGGGACCUGAGAAACACCAGUUUGUGCCGUCUGCUAAUGAAGACAGUAGCCUUGAAAGUGUAGGAAGUGUGUAUGAAAAGAAACCAGUAGUUGGUGACCAGACAGCAAAGGCGGUUCUUGAUUGUCUCAUCUACAUAGCACAUCUCUAUGGAGAACCUGUUCUGACCUAUCAGUACUUGCCUUACAUUGGUUAUCUGGUCUCUCCUCCCUCCUCCUGCCGCCUGAACACCCGUAAGGAGGCAGGCCUUCUAGGUGCAGUUGUGCUGACUCAAAAGAUUAUAGUUUUCCUGUCAGACACCACACUAAUGGACAUGCUGAUGAAGAUCAAUCAGGAUGUACUACUACCCCUGCUUGAUCUGCUCACCUCACCUGAAAUGGGCUUUCCCAGUGGAGUGCAGACACGUUCCGCUCUGUGUUUGAAGACUCUGAGCCUAAUAGCGCUGAUCUGUCUGCGGAUUGGCAGGGAGAUGGUGCAGCAACACAUGGCAAACACACUCUGCAAGUUCUUUCAAGUCUUCUCUUUGCUACACAGCCUGCAGAACCAGAUUGAGAGUGGUCCCCGAAGAGAGGUUGGAGAGUACACAUACAUUGAUAUUUGCACUCCAGAAGGAACAGAGGUGACCUGUGAGCUGGGGGUCCUGGAAGAACUUCAAGCUGUGUUCAACCCAGAGAUGGCAUAUGCCUCCUACAUCCCUUUGUACUGUCUCAUCGGGGACGCAGUCAUUCAAAAACUAGUUCCAAACCACGAAUUGGUUUGGGGGAUGGCUCAAUCCUACCAUGACCGAGCAAGUCCAAGAAUCUCAGAGUCCAAUCCAGCUUGUGGUCAAAAAGCACACGUAGCAACUUCCUCUGUUGGCUUCUCCCCAAGCCAAAGCCACCAGUUAGGUCGCAGCCCUUUCCCAGCCCCGUCGUCCACAUCUACUCCUCUUGGUGGGGACACUCUGCCUGAAUCUGGCACCUUCGGUAGCCACUUGGUAGGAAACCGGAUCCAGGUAGCACGGGACACUGAGCCCGGUGGAAGCCCUAGUCAGUCUUCUCUGGACAUCUGGGGGCGGCCUACACCCUCAAGCCUCACCGCCUCCACGUUCGCCUCUACAUCGGUGGGCCCCGCUUUCUCAAUGUCUUCAUCCUCCUGGGUACUUGGUCACACUCCAGAGGACAGUGCCCUAAAGCAAGAGCUCCCACGUAGUGGUCGAUCUCUGCAAGGAAACUGGCUGGCAUACUGGCAAUAUGAGAUCGGGAUUAAUCAGCAGGACCCACAUUUCCAUUUUCACCAGAUCCGCCUGCAGAACUUUUUGGGCCACUCCGGCACAAUUAAGUGUCUGGCUCCUCUAGCGGGUGAGGACUACUUUUUGUCUUCUAGCAAAGACAAAACUGUAAAGCUCUGGCCGCUGUAUAAUUAUGGUGACGGAACUCGAGAGGUGGAGCCCCGGCUGACCUACACAGACCACCGUAAGUCUGUGUUUUGUGUGACACAGCUGGAGGCGUUACAGCAGGUAGUCAGCUGUGAUGGCACGGUGCACCUAUGGGACCAGUUCACUGGCAAGCAGAUUCGUUCCUAUGAAGCACUGGACGGGAAGAAUCCCAUUACGGCCGUGACUGCUAUGCCGCCUCCCCACUGCAGCGUGGUAUUUGCCAGUACAGAUUCUGUCCUCCGCUUUAUAGACCCACGCAAGCCUGGCCUACAGCAUGAGUUCCGGCUGGCCUAUAAUAACAUAAGUGCAGGUCUGAUCCGCUGCCUUUCUGUGAGUCCUGGAGGCAGGACUGUAGCAGUUGGAUUCUCCUCUGGAUUCGUAGUGCUGCUGGAUGCGCGUACCGGACUGGUGCUGCGAGGAUGGCCUGCUCACGAGGGAGAUAUACUGCAAAUGAAGGCAGCAGAAGGAAAUUUGCUGAUCACUUCCUCUACUGAUCAUACUCUGAUGGUGUGGAAAGAUCUGGAGCACAAACCUCUUCAUCACUUCAGGACUCCUUCUGACCCCAUCCAUGCCUUCGACCUGUACGGUGCUGAGAUUGUGGCGGGCACUGUAGCCAACAAAAUAGGAGUGUACUCCAUAUUAGACAUCUCUGCCAGCCCAGCUAGCUACACCAAACUCAGCUCUGAGAACUUCCGUGGGACCCUCACCAGCCUGGCAGUUCUGCCCACCAAGAGGCUAUUGCUGCUGGGUUCGGAGAAUGGUGCCAUCAGGCUCUUGGCUUGAAAAAAACUGGCUUUAGCUUGAGUGUUCCUCAUCAAUGCACUCACUGUCUGCUUGUGUGACUGCUUCUGAAAUGAAACAAAUCAGAAGAAUAGUUUGUCUAAUGGCCUUUUCAGCUAUGGAGGGGGGAUGACAGCACAUAAUGAGCUUGUUUAAUAAUUCUUACACAAUCAUUAAUAAGAAACCAAUGAUCGGCUUCACAAAACGUUUGUACUGUUUUUAUAAUUUAGCUUGACGUUUGUAGCCAGCUCACGCUUGUGUACAAGAGACAACAUCAACGUUUCUUAUCAGUUCUUAUCCUGGUCGGAGCUGUUCUUUAGAUGAAUGGAUAAGAAGAAAUGCUCAGGAAGGUCAAGCCAAGCAUGGUUCUAGUGUAGCCUUUACACUUCAACUCACAACCCACUGUGUGGAAUACCGAUCAAACCUGAUUACCAUGCACCUGAGGCAUCGAACAACUAUGCAGUAUUCAUUUUAGUUUUCCAUUUCCGUGUUUGUCUUAGGUGCCCUGCAUUAUACGUAAUUUGUUAUUUAUUUCUAAAAGUUACCUUAAUGAUUUGAAAUAUUUGUAUUAAUAUUAAAUGUGCAGUUGGUCAACAGGUUAUUUGGAGGACGUCUCUCAUAGCAUGACGUGGAAUGAGAAAGUAUCCACCCAUAGAUGUCUAUGGGCGUAAUAUUAGGUCAAUAAUCCCAAAUCGGUUGGGAUUUCCAUUUUAGCCUAACCUUAAAUUUAUACACUUUAAAUUGCUUUUGAAAUGAAUUAAUACUCAUAAUAUUAGUUUUGUUGUAAACCAAUCAUUAUAUAUAAUCGUAUGUAACUUACAAACUAACUAGU